UUUAGUUAAGUUUUAUUUUGAUUAUACUUAUGGGAACAACAGAACAACAGCCAUGGAAGUUGGAAAAUUGGCCAAUCGAUACGCAACCCAGUUGCAAUUUUGCCGAUUUCAAAACCCCAUUUCAGAAUCUCUUGCUCAACACGUCCAUGCCCACAUAAUCGUUUCUGGGUUUCGUCUACGUGGCCAUAUCCUCAACCGUUUGAUCGACAUAUACUGCAAAUCAUCAAAUUUGACUUAUGCACGCAACCUGUUCGACCAAAUUCCUAAACCAGAUAUCAUUUCUAGAACGACUAUGAUUGCAGCUUACUCUGUAGCUGGGAAUCUUAAGUUGGCAAGGGAAGUGUUCUUUGCUACUCCAUUGACCAUGAGAGACACUGUUUUCUACAAUGCCAUGAUCACUUGUUGUUCUCAUAACAAUGAUGGCUUUGCUGCUAUUCAAACAUUUCAUGACAUGAGGAGGGUUGGUGUUGGGGUUGAUGAUUUUACUUUAUCUAGUGCUCUUAGUGCUUUUGGACUUGUAGUUGAUGAUGAAAGGCAGUGUCAACAAAUGCAUUGCGUGGUUGUGAAGUUCGGAUUGUAUUUUGUUACUUCGGUUUUGAAUUCGUUGAUUUCGGUUUAUGUCAAGUGUGCAUCUUCGUCACUAGCUUCCUCUUUGUCUUCGGCUUCACUGAUGCUUUCGGCUAGGAGAUUGUUUGAUGACAUGGUGAAAAAGGAUGAGUUGUCAUGGACGACGAUAAUCACCGGAUAUGUGAGGUGCAAUGACCUUGUUGCAGCUAGAGAAUUUCUUGAUGGGAUGAGUGAAAAGCUGGGAAUUGUAUGGAAUGCCAUAAUUUCGGGUUAUGUUCACCAUGGCCGGUUUGAAGAGGCAAUUCAGAUUUAUAGGAAGAUGGUUUCGAAAGGUGUUCCACAGGACGAUUUCACUUACACUCAUUUCAUUAGUGCUUGUGCAAAUGGUGGAUUCUUUCAGCUUGGAAGACAGAUACAUGGUUAUAUUUUAAGAACAGAAGCAGAGUUCACACCAGAAUUUUUUUCAUUGCCGGUGAGUAAUGCAUUGGUUACAUUAUAUUAUAAAUGUGGUAAGAUUGAUACAGCAAGAAAGAUUUUCAACAAAAUGUCUGUAAGAGAUGUUGUUUCAUGGAAUGCAAUCUUAUCCGGGUAUGUUGAAUCAAAGCGAAUUGAGGAUGCUAAAUCCUUUUUUAAUGAGAUUCCAGAGAGGAAUCUAUUAACAUGGACCAUAAUGAUAUCUGCUUUAGCACAAAAUGGAUAUGGUGAAGAAGCUAUAAAGCUUUUUAACCAGAUGAGAUCAGAAGGAUUUGAACCCUGCGAUUAUGCAUUCGCUGGGGCGGUUAUAUCAUGUGCUGUUCUUGGAGCAUUGGAGAAUGGAAGACAACUCCAUGCUCAGGUAAUUCAGUUGGGUCAUGAUACAAGCCUCUCGGCUGGAAACGCGCUUAUUACUAUGUAUGCAAGAUGUGGCGAUUUUGAGGCUGCAGAGCUUGCUUUCCUUACAAUGCCUUAUGUGGAUUCGGUUUCAUGGAAUGCUCUGAUUGCAGCGCUGGCACAACACGGUCGUGGUCGCCAAGCAUUAGAACUUUUCGAGCAGAUGUUAAAAGAAGAUAUUCAACCAGAUAGGAUAACUUUUCUCACAAUUCUUUCGGCCUGCAGCCAUGCUGGUCUGAUCAAAGAAGGACGCCGUUACUUUGAUUCAAUGUUGACCACUUACGGUGUUUCCCCAGGUGAAGAUCACUACGCCCGGAUGAUUGAUUUGCUAUGUAGAGCUGGGAAUUUCUCAGAAGCAAGAGAAUUGAUUGAUUCAAUGCCAACCGAGCCAGGUGUGGCGGUAUGGGAAUCGCUUCUUUCUGGUUGUCGAACACAUGGGAACAUGGAUUUGGGAAUCGAAGCUGCAGAACGACUCUUCGAGCUGAGGCCAGAGCAUGAUGGAACCUACGUGCUCUUAUCAAACAUGUAUGCCAAUGUUGGCAAGUGGGAAAAUGUGGCGAAAAUUCGACAACUAAUGAGAGGAAGAGGGAUCAAGAAAGAACCCGGUUGUAGUUGGAUUGAAGUUGAGAACAAAGUCAAUGUUUUCUUGGUUGAUGACACUGCACAUCCCAGAGUUACAGCAGUGUACAAGUAUUUAGAAAAAUUAGGACUUGAAAUUAGAAAAUUGGGAUAUGUCCCAGACACAAAAUUUGUGUUACAUGAUACUGAAUGUGAAGAGCAUAAAGAGUAUGCUUUGUCUACUCACAGUGAGAAACUUGCUGUUGCAUUUGGACUCUUGAGUCUUCCACAAGGAGCCACCAUUAGAGUCUUCAAGAAUCUUAGAAUCUGUGGUGAUUGCCAUAACUUUUUCAAGUUCUUGACAAGAGUAGUGGAGAGGGAACUUGUUGUCAGAGAUGGGAAGAGAUUUCACCAUUUUAGAAAUGGUGAAUGUUCUUGUGGCAAUUAUUGGUAAGUUGGCAUAGAGAGUUUUCUCUCAACAAUUUUGAUUUUAGAGAAGUAUAGGACUUGGCUUAGCAUCUUCAUUCCUUGAUCUUGUUGUUGAGAUAUAUGAAAAAACAAUUACAGUUUGAUCAAGGACAAUCAUUUUUAUGAUAUUGUACCAUAAAAAUUCAUUAUAAAGAUAUAUAUGCAAUUGGCCCUGUUUUUGUUAAAAAUCC